UAUGCUAUUUCAGGAAUCUUGAAGUAAGCCUUUGUUUAUUGAAGCAAAUGAAGCAUUGCAGCUCAUCUAAAUGAUUUUGUAGGAAUUUUCUACCUGCCCCUGCUUAGAUCUCAUGGUUCUUUGCAGCGUCAGGUCCUAAGAUUGCUUCUCUUCUCCUACUCUUUUGCUACUUCAGGUGACUAAGUUGUCUGAGAUCUAUCAUUAAUCUGAUGGGCAUAACUGUGUCCUGUUUUAGGGAUAUAGACUGCUACAUAGGCACCUCUGAUCCCAAUUAUUUGGGUUACUUUAGCACAGGAAAGCAAACGACAAUUGAUAGUUGUACUUUUAUUGGAGUUUGAUGAGCAUCUCUGCCGUGCAUGUGAAACAUGGUUACAAUUAUUUGGACCUUUGAUUCAAUUAUCAAGCAGAUGGAUGAUUAGCCAUGGCAUAAAAGCUAUGGUGGUAGAAUUAUCUUAGUUAUUAUAUUAGUGUGUCGCAAAUGGAUGACUGAGUAAUGAUUGAUUUGGUGGACAAAAAUACCUCCAUUGGAUGCUUAGGAUCACUUGAUCUUCUUUUGUAUAGGGGCACAUUGGCAAGGGUGUUCAUGGAAUUUAUGAUUGUCUUAUGAUAGAAAUGGAUUAGGUGCAUCACAUGGUGAUUAUCAACACAAGUCAUUGAUGGAGUAUUAUUGAACAUCUGUCCUUCGUAUUAUAAAUUUAAGCAUACGUUUUCGCUGUUGGUGUUUAUUGCAAAUGAUGUUAUUAUUUCAUACUUUGUUUCUUUCUAUACGUCUUGCAGGGUGAGUUUCAGACUGAAAACUGAUACAAAUCUCUUUGAGAUUGCAAAGUGCAAGACAUCUGUGUCUGUAAUUGAGGCUCAAGAUGGGGCUGAUGUUUCAGGUGUCUUGAAAGUAAUGACUCUAGGGAUGUUUUAUGCAGCAGUCGCUAAAACAACUUUCAAGGGUGACAGCCAAUCAAGUUUGCAUCAUUUCUGGUAUUUGGCUGAGCUGGACAUAAAGGGGAAUGGGAUUGAUGAUCUUGGGGGCAGCUUGCUAAGUUGCUUCCCUGAAAGCUUCACAUCCAUGGAAACAUUGAAUUUUGCUAAUUUAUUCAUGUGCAUGCUCAUGCUCACGCUCAUAUAUGCCAGCGAAAAGAUAGCUGAUGCAAAGCUUGCAAAAGAUUUCCAAGCAGUUCUGAAAGAGUUUCAGAAAGCUCAGCGGCUUGCUGCUGAGAGGGAGAGAACAUAUGCUCCUUUUGUUCCUCAAGCAGUUCUUCCUUCCAGUUAUACUGUGAGUGAGAAUGUGAGAUAG